AUGUCCAGUGAGGAAGUUAGGUCGGCUCUUUUGAUGAUUGCUCAAGCCGUAACUACUCAAUCCCAAGCCAUGCCGGCCCAAGAUACUAGGAGUGUUGAGACUAAUGUGAAUCCUAUUGUGAGCAAUAUAGCUUCUAGGUUGAGAGACUCUGUGAGGAUGAAUCCUCCGGUGUUCCUAGAUUCCAAAAUGGGAGAGGAUCCCGAAGAGUUUUUGGAUGAGGUGUAUAAGAUAGUCAAUGCUAUGGGGGUGACUUCUAGGGAAAAAGCGGAACUUGCCUCCUACAAAUUGAAGGAUGUUGCCCAAGUUUGGUUCACUCAAUGGAAAAACAAUAGGCCGGAGUCCAAACUCAAGAGGAAGAAUAGGGAGUUGAACAGGUUUAGGUCCGAUGAGCAAGGUCAACCUAGGUUCAAGAAGACAGCUCCGAACCAAGAUUCUUCAGGCAGUCCUAAGGUUAACCACGAGAGAGGUAGUGGACCUCCAUUUUCUGAACCUACUUGCCACAAUUGUGUGAAGAAGCAUCAUGGGAACUGCCUAGCCGGUACUAGUAGGUGCUAUGGUUGUGGAAAGAAUGAUCACCAAGUAAGAGAUUGCCCUACUCUUACAGCCAAAGGAAGGGAGGCGAAACAAGUUUCUCUUGAUAGCUCGGAUCCCAAUGCUCCAAAGAGAAACUGUUUCUAUGUGCUUCAAGCUAACAAGGACAAAGGAGCAAAUCUGGAUGAAGGUACUGAUAUGUGA